ACACACACGUCGAGCCUCGGACUCCUCAGCAGCGCCACACUGUCCACUGUCCUGUUUACACGGCCGUGUGCGUCGCGGGCUCACGGUUGGACGCUGCGGACUCGUCGCUAGUCGUUGUCCCGCUGUACAAACAAGCCUACUGUCAACCAAAACAGACAGGAUAGUGUCAGCUGCAGCGCAGCGCAGCGCAGCGCAGCUUCUCUCUGCUGUGCUUAUUUAUCCGCAGUCUCUCUCUCUGUGUGUGUGUGCGUGUGUGUGUGUGUAUUUUUCUUGUUUUUCGCCGACGGUUGUGGGUGUCACUGUUUCACCAGGGCCUGAUCUUUGGCGCUGCUGCAGGCGACAGUAGCAGGUCAAAUGUUUCCACCCCGUCGUUGGAGGGACACAUAACGAACAUGGGCAUCACCCCUUCAGAGACUUCCUCCUCCUCCUCUUCCUCCUCUUCCUCCUCCUGCUGCCCUGCCGCCUGACUGACUGACUGGCCGCCUUCGUUAAUCCACUUCAGGGGAUCAUCUUCUUCCAACCCUUCCUGAGGUUUCACCAUCAAGACGGCGUUAUCUCAGAAAGCCAGCUCGGUGGCAGUAAAGAUGACCACGGCACGGUACCGUCCCACCUGGGAGCUUGCCGUGGACCCCCUGGUCUCAUGUAAGCUGUGCCUUGGAGAGUUUCCUCUGGAGCAGAUGACCACCAUCACUCAGUGCCAAUGUGUCUUCUGUACACUGUGCCUGAAGCAGUACGUGGAACUCCUGAUAAAAGAAGGCCUUGAAACUUCAAUUAGUUGUCCAGACUCUGCCUGCCCCAAAAGAGGACACUUGCAGGAAACUGAGAUCGAGUGCAUGGUGGCCACGGAGAUGAUGCAGAGAUACAAGAAGCUUCAGUUUGAAAGGGAAGUGCUACUGGACCCGUGUCGGACGUGGUGCCCCUCCUCCACCUGCCAGGCUGUGUGCCAACUAAAAGAAUCGGAUUCUCCAACGCUGCCACAGCUGGUCCAGUGCGCCGUCUGUGCCCUCGAGUUCUGCUCGACCUGCAAAGCCAACUGGCACCCGGGGCAGGCCUGCCAGGAGAACAACCUGUCCAUUACAUCUUUCCUACCAGGAGAAAACAGCUCUUUCUUCAAAAACGAAGAGGACGACGCACCAAUCAAGCGCUGUCCUAAAUGUAAAGUUUACAUCGAGAGGGACGAGGGCUGUGCACAGAUGAUGUGCAAGAACUGCAAACACGCCUUCUGCUGGUACUGUCUGGAGUCUCUGGAUGACGACUUUCUCCUGAUCCAUUAUGACAAAGGGCCGUGUCGAAACAAACUGGGCCACUCCAGGGCGUCUGUUAUCUGGCACAGGACACAGGUUGUGGGGAUCUUUGCUGGUUUCGGCCUGCUCCUGCUGGUUGCCUCCCCUUUCCUCCUCCUGGCCACGCCCAUCGUCCUCUGCUGCAAGUGCAAGUGCAGCAAAGGCGACGACGACCCUUUGCCGACCUAGAACGCGCCACGAGAGCUGGGGUGGAGAACCACUCCAAGGAUGGGUCAUCUUUUCUUUUUCCUUUUCACCCCCUUUAAUGGUUCUGUUUGUGCCCUCCCACCAGCUUCGAGUGCUUCAUGUUUUUCGGGCUCCGCCUCCCCGCCGCUCUCUCGGGCCACUCUGCAUGAAAGAGGCAUGGUAGGAAAGUGACCCUACACCUUGGCCUAAAGAGAGGUGUGGGGGUUAAAGGUCAGAGGGGGGAGGUUGGACUUGUCUGAGGACCGCUAUGUCUUUGUGUGCAAGAUGGUGAUUGUUUUUGGGAUGUAAAGGAAGACUGGGUCACUUUACGUGUCCUCGCUGUGGGUCACUGUGGUGUGGUGUUUUCUGCAGAUCUUUGACAAAGGAAGUUUCAGCGUACGGACGUUGUUGUGCAGGAGCCACGUUGAAGAAAAAACAAAAAGAACCCUCGCUCUGUUCCUUAGUGGGUUUGAUGUAUGAUACAAAAACUUUUUUUUUUCUUUUUUUUGUUCCUGCCACCGCCGCCACACCUGAUGUAGCUCUACAGACUCGGUCAGUAGCAUUGGAGUUGCACCACGCAUGUUUGGCGUCGACUCGGUCUGCACACGUGUCCCCUGACUGCGAUGGGAGGCUGUUGUCGCUCGUCGUGUACAGCACGUCCUCUUGAUGAUGUCAAUGUUUUAUAACCUGUCGCUUUUAUUAGAACUGUGCUCCGAGUUGUGUCUAUGUGUUGUACUUUAGAGUGUUACUACAACCCAUUAGGUACACAAUGUUAAAGGGGGAAUGCCACUCAAAUCCAAGAUUAGUUUUCUCUGGUCAUCCUUUUAGACUGUGUACACUGGAGGCUCUCAUGUUUCUAGAUCCAGACAUUGUUUUAAAUGAGUGGCGUUCCCCUUUAAAGAUAAGCGUUAAUUCAAAGUUUAUGAGCGGACUUUGUAUCCACAUGUUGUGGGAACCAUUUUAAUACUUCACUUAAAGAGAUGUCACUCCUGUAAUUCUCAGUUCCUGAGUGGUAGAUCAGCCAAAUAGAGAUGAAUAGCCUUAAACUGAGAAGAGCCAAAAUCAGGCA